UCAAAGUCAAUUCAUAUUAAUCAUUGCUUAGGUACCUAAGUGUUUAUGUAUACACGUUUGUGUGAUCUUGCACUGAUAUACAGAUGUCCACUAAUGUGCUCACCUAAAAUUAUUUGGUUAGUGAUUCGAGAAGCUACCAACUGCGGGAAGAGCGCUUUACCACGUGUUUCAACUAAUGCUUUUUUUCAAGCAGUGCGAGUAACUGAUACGAUUUCUAUAACGAGUACUCAUUUUUAAUAACGACUACAAGUUUUAAGCACAGAAUAUUGCGAAUAUUUUUAUGCGCAAAAAUUUCCGAAAUAGUUCGACUUUUUAAUCAAACACACAAUACCUUUAUAGUAAAGUUUAGCGACAAAAAAAGUAGUGAAACUGAAUGUUUAUUCACUAUAAGCAACAUUUUGUCUUCUACUUUGAUAACAAGUGCCGCUUCGACGGUUAUUUGCGAAGGUUUGUACAGCGACUCCAAAUACCACGCAGCUAUGACAAUCAUGCACGAAGCUUUCCUAGAAUUGCGAAACGCAUUUCCUGAUUUGGACGUGGAAGUGCGAAGCAUUCUAAUGGCCCGCUCUCAGGAAGGAGCAACUAUAACCGACAUAAAGGAUGAUUACCGAAAAAAUAUGGGUCUUGUGUUUCCAAUUUAUCAAAACAUCACCGAGUUCCUGCUCUCAAUUCCGUUUGUGACUGCAUAUUGUAAUGAAAAUGGCAAGCUUAUUUUUAAUGUCCGGCCUUCAGCAAGAACAAAGCAUAUCUACGAUUUGGUACAGCAGCAAAAACCUCAACAGCAUCAAAUUUCAACUCAAAAACAACAGUUUAUUCAAUAUAACGAACAAAAGCGAUACGAACCAGUCGUAAACAAUAUUUCAUCUCAGAAAAAGGAAUGCGAUGAGCUUUGGUACUGCAAGCACAAACAGAUUGAUUACGGAAAUAAUACUGAAUGCAUUGAUAAGAAACACGUUGAUGAUAAAAUAAGCGAAUCGACAAAUAUAGAUGUGGCAAAAACUAAGGUGGGUCUAGAAAAAUCCGCAUUAUUGCCGGCUAAUGAUCAUGACGGUGUUUCGAAUUACAAUGUGGACGCAGGAAGCAAUAAUUAUUAUCAAGACAACUGUAAUCAUCUUUUCAAUAGAUUAUACAACCAACCAAAAGUGGCGUCACAAAAUCUCGGACAUAAUUUCAAUAACAAUCAUUAUUCAAAUUUGAAUAGUCGACUUCCGAAACAACAACCUACACAAAUAAAAUCGAUAAGUCAAACAAGUCAAUUUAGAUCGAUACAACAGCAGAACUAUUUAAACACGAACAAACUGGAAAAGCAAUUCAAUCCGUUUAAACAACCUACGGCGAGAUAUAUACCUACAAGUACGAGUCGACCGACCUCACCAACAUGUACCAAAAGCAGUCGAUAUAAUGAUUCGAUCUACACGACAGAUUCCGACUAUGAGGCACAUCUUUUGGACUUCCCCUUAUUGGGUGAUGAUUUUUUUCUGUUUUUGGCGCGUAUGGAAUUAAGAUGCAAGUUCAAAAAAUAUGACAAAGUACUACAGAGUGGGCUUUGCGUAUCUGGACAAACUAUUUGCGGUGCAAUUAGGCGAGUUCGACAAUUGGAAGAUCAGUGUAAAAGUGUUAUCGUUAACAUCGGAUCUGUGGAUAUAAUGAAAGGUCGGUCGUUGGUACAAAUAGAACAUGACUUUCGCGAACUUAUCAACCUAAUGUUCAAAAAGGGAUUUACACCAAUUUUAACGACGUUGGCACCCCUUGCAAAUUUUGCACACGAUGAGCAUACCAAAAAUAAAUUGGAGCGUUUCAACAGUUUUAUAAAAAAGGAAGGUAAAUUCUCGUUGGUCAUGGACAUUUGGAGCUGCCUAGUUAAUGAAAGAGGCCAUAUACUAUUCGAUUGUUUCCAGAAUGAACCAAGAAUGGUAACGGGUACCUCAGAGCCGUACGUGUUUUGGAACAAAAUUGGUCGACAACGAGUUUUGCAAUUAAUAGAAUCGCAAUUGGAGUAUUAAUAUUUUUAUAUCAUUAUCUUCGUCCGACCAGAAAUUUAGAAUGUUGUUGUUAAAUUUUUUUAAUUGUUUUAAAGUGUAUUUGUGUUUGUUAUGAAGGCGGUAAUUUUUGCUAGAUAUAACCUAAAUCUAUUUCUUAAAAAGUAAUAGUUAGUUAUUAUCAUAGUAAUAUUGAUUAUUUCAUUAUUUUGUUGUAUAUCUUCUUUAGGAACGAAUACGGUUGGUAGGUGUACUUCAAAAAUGGUAUUCAAAUAUAUAUCGGUGCACAAUAUAUAUUUUCGAAUCAAGUUUUUGAAUAUUCCUACCUUAAAUACCAUUAUUCCGUUGAAAAUGUAAACAAUUUAGCUUCUACAAAAUCAAUACCGGUUGAUUUGUCGACAAUUGUAGAAGCUAGAGCAUUUUCCACAUAAUGAUAUAUUUCAGUGUUCUAUUUAAGUUUAAAUAUUGUACUAUGUGAUUUAUUAAUUAAUAAGUUAAAUAUGAACGAGCCAUAACAUUUUAUUAAAUCUGAGAUAGUAAUAAGAUUUCGGACAAUUGCACUCCAACAUCCACUAAAGGUGCAACAUCCUUGUUGUGCAAUUGUCCAUUAAUCGCAAUAUAAAUAUACUGCCUAGUGAGUACGCCAAAUAUAAGUAAAUGUAUUUAUGUAAAUGUAUGUAUGUAGGUCAAUAGAGUUAGGUGUUUAGAGAUUCUAUUGCAAUUACUUUAAUAGAAACUUAAUUUAAUUAAACAAAAACUGUUAUUUUCUUUUAACUCCAAUUUUUGUUAAAUAAACGCCAGUUGUAAUUUUUGGUCUUAUUGCAGCUUACAACCAAACUGCAGUUGAAGUUAUUGAUUGUUAUUGAUAACAACUCAAUGCAUCAAAAAAAUUAAAAAAAAAAUAGUUUACAGAAAUAGCAAAAACUGACAACUUUGAAGAAUAAGUUGUAGCCUUGACAUCAGGUUCUCAGGUUCGGAAAAGUACAAUGUUUUUUCAUUAUUUCUUAUUAGCUGUUUGAAAUUUUGAAAACAUUAGCUGUCUUGGUCGAUUUUCAAAAAGUGUUGUUACAUUAUCCGCUUGAUCUCUCCCAUGUUUAUUCAUUGAAGAACGCGCGUAAAAUGGACUUGUAUGUCGUGUAUGGCGAAACGAUUUCAUACAGAUCGAACACACAUGUGUAUCGGGUAUGGCCACUGUUACUCAACUUUACAACUUCUUACUUAUAACUAGUUUAAACUUUACUCUAGCACUAUUUCACAUAAAUCGCUUAAAUGCAUGGAAAAUUAUGGCGUUCAUUUGAACUUAAAAUCGUUAUUUAAUAGAUUUCAUUAAAUUUAUUUACAUAUCUGUACAUACAAAACUUUUACAUUCUCUGCAACAUGCUACAAGAAUAUAAAAAUAUGGUAGCCAGGUUUGACCGGCAAUUAUACAUCACAUAUUGUAAUACGAAUGCUAGAAAACACACUACUCAACGCUCCUUAAGUACUCCACUGUAAACCCAGAUUGCGGUUCAAAUAUAUUUCAUUUUUUUUUAUUUAACUAACGUUCAUAUAUACUUAUCAGUUCAAAAUUUAAACAUAAUGAUGAAGUAGGUAUCUAAAUAGAUUUAAUAACCUUCAUCGGAUAUUUCAAUGUCAUAUUGUGGAAACU